UAUAUAUCCUCCUUAGAAACCUAGUGUUGUGUAACAUGUGGCGCAUAUUUUGAUAGGUCCACUGAAAAGGAGAGGAGAAUCCCCCCAGUCCAGAGCGUCACUUAAUGUGGCGUCAUUUGAAAUGGAUGACGAUGACGAGAGUGACAGUGUAGUUCCACAAAGGCGUGUUCAAGUAUCUCAAGAACACGAGGACUUAGUAGUAAAAGGUCCAUUACGGAGAAGAGGGGGCCCUCCACAAGCAAGACAACCUGUGGCAGCUGCUGACAGUGACGAGGACUUAACACAUGUGCAGCCCCGAAGACGUGUCCCAGCUGCAAACAAUCAACAUCAAGACGAUUACAACAGCUCUUGGCAGCGAGAAGAGUUGAGAUCUGAUCAUGACGUUCCUAUAGUAACAGCAGUGAGAAGACGUGAACCGAAUCAAGUCAGAAGACGUGAACCUGGAGCGCGGCCACGGACAGCAGAGGAUGUCGAAAUACGCAGGCGCAGUUUGCCUCAAGCUCCAACACAAAGUAGAGGCGCUCCUGGCCAGGUUUCUGCCAGUAGACGUCCUAACACGCCACCACACACACCAUCACCAAGGAAACCAGUGACACCCAGAGGUCAGCUGGCAGCACCUAGGAGAAUCCCAACGCCUCGAGGAGUGAGUCCGGCAAGAUCCAAUGGUGAUGACAGUUGGAGUGAGGGGUUCUACUGAUCACAUGCAGUAUUGCUCAGCAUUUAGGCGAGAAUGCACGGAAGUCUCGUGCCACUGCAAUAUUCAGAGACCAAAUCUAGUGUAUUUUAUUUGCGUGGACUACCAACUAUUUAGUUGUUUUACGCAAAUUCAGUGAUAAGGGUGAACUGGUCUCGAACAUUUUGCGUUCUCGACAAAAUGAACAAUCAUGCAAUGUGGACAAAUCGAGAUCUGGAAAAUUGGAUUCAAGCCAUGCUAUACAUUGUGCGGGAUGGGUGGGUAGUCAGUAUUUGUUUUAACAUAUUUGUUUAUUUUGAUUUUAUUUUUAAGUUUUAACCCUACACUAAUUGGACCAUUUUUAGGAUGGCGUCAAUAGCCCUUUUUACGCUCGUUUCCGUCUUGGGUGGAGACACGUUCUUGUGUCUGGGGGCGGUGAUCUUUUGGUGCUGACCAAAAGGAUCGCGGUCUCCGCAAACGAGAUUGUUUUAGGGAAUAUUGAUGACAUAAGUUGUGUUACAACAAGUCAACUAGGCGCUCACCUGACUUGCCAGCUUCUCUCGCUUCUCAAGACUUGCUAAGUUUGAUGAAGAUUAUCCCAACAUAACAAUUUGAUAUUCAAUCGGAAUCCGGUGAUCCGGUGACAGAUUUCCUCACAAUCGAACGAUCGCCUGUGGCUGUGAAAAGUAGGCUCUCAAAGUAAAAUUAUAGCAGAAAGUCGUCGUUUUAAGGUGGUUCAAGACAGUUUCUAGCAGUUAGAUUUUGACGGGUCCUUUAUAACCACUCGUUAUCACUUGAUGCUACAAUCGUAGUAUCAAAAACUGACCAGUCAUUGGUGAACACAUUGU